AUGACCGAUGAAGGCGUGGAAACGUGCGUGGAUUACGCGCUGAAUUAUUCAACCGUUUAUGAUCAUAACAACGAAGAAGUUGACCUUGUCAUUGAAACCAAGCAUGACGAGUGUGUCGGGUUUGACCUCACCAAGCUGGAUGUCGAUGGUGUACCGUCUUCCGAUCUACGGGCUACUAUCUCGAUGAACUGGCUAGCAUCUGACACGGCAGACACCGCCACCAUCUACACCGAACAAGUCGCGGUCACUGCUUCUGCUUCCGACGAUCUACCCGAAGUGGAAGAUAUUUCCUUCGUGUACGUGCCCUACGACCGCUACACAACCGCCGACCCCAUCGACGAACUAAAUACGGUAGACCUGACAAUCGGGAAGACCACCAAGAAGAUGCUCGAUGGCAGCAGUACGACCGUGUUUCCUGCCCUCACCAUCAGUACGACCACAACUGUCAUCCAAGAGACCUCUUUGCCAAGCUCGACCUAUGCCGAAUACGCGUUGGGCUACCUUAAGCUAAUGGUGCGGCAGGGCCCUUUUUCUCUUACAUCGGUAGAGGAAGUCAGUCCACUGGAUGUGGGCUCCUUUUUCGGCAACCUCGGGGGCUUUUGGGAGCUGCUGCUUGUUCUGUGGGGACUGUUGUUCUUCGCAACCAGACAAGACCGCACACCCCAGCUGAGGGCGCGAAACUUCAUCCAGCCCCUGAAGGAAAUCGUCGCGAGGCGCCGAAGCCUCUCAGUUGACUCUGGUGCCUCGAUCGUACAGCCGGAAGAGCUGCCACAGGAGAGGUCGUUUUUCGGAGGCAAUCACCCCCCCGCUCUCCCCCCCCGUCCCCGCGGCGGUAACACGAUGCCAGGAGGGAGGUCUACCGCUGUUGGUGUUUCGACGAUGUCCCCGGCUACUUUGUCAUCGCCAGUCAGCUCCCAACGGCCUGUGGUGGAAGACGUGCCCAGGCGUGGCUGGAGGAUCGGCCGCCGUCAGUCGAGAGGCCUAGAACCGCCCCCAUCCAGCACCGCAAUGACCAGUACCGUUUGAAGUGGCAUGGGUCUGAGAAUCAACCUGAGCCUCUUCGUUUCCUUCCCCUGCUGUGAAAAAGGAGGUGUUGCAGCGCAUGGACUGCGGCAAGCGCGUCUAUCGGUACUAGCCUGGAUGGAUUAGGUAGAGGAUCUGUCGUCGUUUUGCUUCUGUCCCAAAGUUCAUCUGGAUCCGGUGGUGAGAGGUCGGAGCGAGGUGGAGGUCGCCAGGCGUUGGGAGUUUUGUAUAGGGAGUUGUGUAAAAUGUUGUUCAAGAAGUUGUGUCAGGCCAAACACACGCAGCGCGGUGUGUAUCGGAGAACGGAUUGUCGUGCUCGCGGGGACGUGUGAUUGAUGAACGUGCGUGUUGACCGAGAAGGUCAAGAACCACACGCGCAUUUCAGCGCCACCUCCCGCGGUGCGCGGGACGUCUGGAAUCACAUGCCCGUCAAGCUUCGCCUAGAGGUCAAGAGCGGGGUUCGCUCAGGGUGUCAAAACAUGUCGGAUGGGUUAUGGAGUCGCUGUUGGUGUUGCAUGGCGUCGCGCGAAUUCGACUCAAUUUUAAGUGGGAGAGUUGCGUUGGAAGUGCUGUGAGACGUUGGGAAACGGGGUAGAUCCAAACCAAAAGCCAAGUCUACUUGGAUUGUUUGUCUUCCAGUGCGGUAACUCCACAUUUAAGG